GCCAAUGGGGAGGACCCAACGCCACGUAAACACACCUAGGCCAGCUGAUGCUCCUGCUUCACUACCUUCCUUCCUUCAUUCAUUAUAAUGCAGGAAAUUUUAGUAUUUUCAUUACUGUGUGUGGCGUCAGGGGCCGUGGUAAGGGCAGCAGAAGUUCUCAGACCGCGAGGAAUAGUUCUCUCAAAGGCAUCAUUCUAUGACCCGACACGAGACUUCAGCUGCCUCGAUGGUUCCGGUACUAUCCCAUUUUCUUACGUAAAUGAUGAAUACUGUGACUGUCAGGAUGGAAGUGAUGAGCCAGGGACUGCCGCUUGCCCAAAUGGAUUCUUCUACUGCACCAACGCUGGACACACGCCUCUGAACAUUCCGUCCUCAAGAGUCAACGAUGGUGUCUGUGAUUGUUGUGAUGCAUCAGAUGAGUAUGCAUCUAAUGCCAACUGUGUUGAUACCUGCCGAGAGUUAGGUCGGGCUGCUAGAGAGGAAGCAGCUAAGCAACGAGAAGAAAGACUUAAAGGUUAUCAGCUGCGACAGUCAAUGAUUGAAGAUGGCCGUAAAAAGAAAAAAGAGGCAGAGGGUAAAAUUGAGGAGCUAAAAAAAGAAAAGGAGGAAGCAGACGCUGUUCGUAGUGAGAAAGAAGAAAUCAAGAAGGCAGCUGAAGAACCAGAAAAGUUAGCACUAGAGGAAAAUCAAGCCUUUGAGGCUGAAAAGAAAGCUGAAGCUGAGGCAGAAGAAAAGAGGAAGGAUUUGGCUGAGGCCCGGACUGCUUUUGUUAUCCUCGACAAUAAUGGUGAUGGUAUCUUGACGGUUGGUGAGCUGCAGUCCCGACAGACUUUUGACACAAACAGGGAUGGACAGGUGUCUAUGGAGGAGGCAAAGUUCUACCUGAAGCAAGAGGAUAGCAUGACCCUGGAACAAUUCGUGACCUCUGGAUGGCUAAUGGUCCGGCCGGUGUACACCAUGGACAAGGGGAUGUUUAUACCUCCUUCAACCACCCCCAACCCACUUGAUGAGAGUCUCACCCCACCACCAAUGUUUGAUGAGGAGGACAACUACGACGCAGGAGAGGAAGAAGAGGAGCCAGAAGAUUUUGACUCAAACUUGGAUCCUGAGAUAUCACGCUACGUUAACUCCAGAGCUCACUGGAACCUCAUGUCGGAUGAUUUUGAGGAUGAAGCCGAGGAUGACUAUGACCAUGAGGACAAUGCUGAGGACGUGGCUCAGGAGAACGAGCAGAAGGAGGAAGAGGAACCAAAAUAUGACGAGGAGACACAGAAGCUCGUUGAUGCGGCCAACGCGGCUCGCGAGCAAUUCGACGAAGCAGACAGGCGGGUUCGAGACAUAGCCAGAGAACUGCGGUCACUGGAAGAGACUCAAGAGAAAGACUAUGGGCCAGAUGAGGUCUUCAGGAUCCUAGAAGGAAACUGUUAUGAGUAUACAGACAGAGAAUACACAUACCGGCUGUGUCCCUUUGAUAAGGCAAUUCAGAAACCUAAAUCUGGUCAGGGAGAAACACGGCUUGGCCAGUGGGGUGAAUGGACAGGGCCAGAGGAAAACAAAUAUACGAGAAUGCUCUAUUCUAAUGGUCAGGCCUGUUGGAAUGGACCCACCAGAUCAGCAGAUGUUCACCUAUCUUGUGGGACAGACACGAAGCUUACGGGUGUCACGGAACCGAACAGAUGCGAGUAUAUGUUCCUGAUAACCACCCCAGCCGUAUGUACCAAACCACAAGACCUGGAUGGGGACGAGAGUUUAGACCACACUCACGUCGAGUUGUAGGGUUCCUUGUAGUGUGUUUUGUACAUUAUUAUUCUUUUCUGUGUAGAAUAAUAAUUGUUCAUGAAUUUUAAAAAUUCAUGCAUUUUUAUUGCAAGGCAUAAUAAUAUUUCUUAUUACAUUGUCACAUUUCUCUCGGUUAACUAGACAUCAUAUUGUGUGUCAAGUUUUCAAUCAAGAUCCAUAUUGGCUCAGGACAGGUUUCAUCGUUGUGUCUAUUUUUUUACGUAUAGUACGAUAUUGUUUGAAUUAAUUUGUUAUUCCGGUUUGUGCCCUAAAGAAUGUGUUGUACUUUUUUCAAUUAGUGUUAAUAUAAACAAGGCUCAAAAAAAUAUAUUACAUCAUACAAGCAAUAUAAGAAGCUUGUGUUUGUUUUAUUAAGUUAUAAUUAAUGUACUGUUUUGUUGUGCAGUUUACUUGUCACCUAAACACUGUAAUCUUCACUAUAGUUUAUCACAAUGUUUGGAACUUACUGACACAAUGUUUAAAGCAAGUAAAGUGUUAACUGUUAUGUGAAUUAAAUUGUAUGUCAUAUUAAUAAUUUUUUUCGAAAAGCAUUAAUAAUGAAUUGUAAUAUAAUAAAGUUUCAGCUAUUUUCUGUAUUUUUUACUGUAAAUUCAGAAAAUCAAGAUGAAUUGUUUCAGCAGCACCUGUGAUUAUAACAUUCCUGUAAAACAUCAUAAAUAGUAUUUGUGAAAAUUUAUUAAUAAACUUUAGUAAAAA